AUGAAUGGCGAUACAGCCGAAGGUGAUGGUGUCGAUAUCGGUAAAAAACACAAAUUAGGACAUCUACGUGUUGAUACUCAAGGCAACACGACAUUCAAACGUUUACCAACAAAUCAACUCGUUGAAGCACUUCAGCUUGGUAUACAAUACAGUGUCGGUGGUCUUGAAGCAAGACAAGCACACGAUGUUCUCUUUCAAGAUUUUCUUGCUGUUGAAAUUACACAUUUUCCCAAAGCUGGACGAACGAUGCCCAAGGCGACACCACCCCAUCGGUUCAAUGAUUUUACAAUGCGUACCUAUGCACCCGUCGCUUUUCGACAUUUUCGCGAAAAGUUUAACAUUAAACCAGCUGAUUACCUUGCAUCGAUAAAUAGACCUUUUCGAGAAUUGAAAAACCCUGGUGCAAGUGGAAGCUUAUUCUAUCUCACCGCUGACGAUGAAUUUAUUAUUAAAACUGUACAGAAAAAAGAAGCAGAAUUUCUCAAAACUCUGCUUCCUGGUUAUUAUAUGAACAUUAUUCAAAAUCAACGCACAUUGUUACCAAAAUUCUUUGGUCUCUAUUGUUAUCAGGUCACAGAAUUUUUGCCACGAAAUAAGCGUGGAGCUGGUGAAAACAAAAACAUUCGCAUUACUGUGAUGAAUAAUUUAAUUCCUUCGCAUGUACAAAUACAUGAAAAAUACGAUCUUAAAGGUUCGACGUAUAAACGACGAGCGAAUAGCGUCGAACGACAAAAAGAAUCUCCGACAUGGAAAGAUUUGGAUUUCAUCGAACGUCAUCCACAAGGUUUCUUUCUUGAUGCCGAUACUUUCACUGCUCUAGAGAAAACCGUUGAACGUGAUUGUCGAGUCUUAGCAAGUUUUCAUAUUAUGGAUUAUUCGUUUUUGAUUGGUGUUCAUCGAAUUGAUCAAUCCUCUGAAUCACCAUCUACUCCAGCGACUCCAGUUGAUCCAUUUUCUCCGAAACCGAAACGAAUGAUAUACUCAACACCGAUGGAUAAUAUUCAAGCGCAAUUUGACGAACAAAACAAACCGGAUGAACAUCUCGUGAAAGCUGGUGGUAUUCCUGCACGUACCGCUGAUGGACAAAAAUUAUCUUUAUAUGUUGGUAUUAUUGAUAUCUUACAAUCAUACCAACUUCGAAAGAAACUUGAACAUACACUGAAAUCUGUUGUGACUGACGGCACUCAAAUAUCUGUCACUCAUCCAAAUUAUUAUUCUGAACGUUUUCGAAAAUUUCUUUUUAAUACUGUUUUCAAACAAAUACCACAAAAAGCACCGAAGCUCAAAGAUGAUACUUCAACAAAACCAGGCUUGCCAGCUUCCAAUCAAACAACGCCGUCGAAUUUAACUCCAAGACCAAAUCCAUUCAAACCUCAUGGUCAUGACGACAAUCCUCCUCGUUUGGACCAUACCAAUUCAAUAUCAAGUACUGAAACGACCAAUAGUCGAAUAACAUCGUAUUACGUAUCAUUACGCUCGUCACGAUUAGGAUCAGAUCGCAAUACAACGGGUAGCUCAACGACACUCUAUGCCAGUUCACAUCAAUCAGAUUCGCUUUAUAACGAACCGUCGAUACGAAAACCAGCAAAAAUUCUAACGACGUCAUUCAAUAAGCAUGACGAUCACCUUCGAGCGAAAUUUUAUCGAGAGUACGCAGCAUUACCAGAUAAUAAUUCCAUGAAACGACACAAUUUGUUACCCGCUAGUGGUGGUAGUGGAGGAGGAGGAGGAGUGGGCAAGUUAACUUCAUCAACGUCAAAUCUAUAUCAACACGGCAAUGUCUCCGAUUAUUCUUCGAUAUAUCGUCAAGGCAAUCAUCAAUCAUCUGAUGAAGUUACACGACUUUAA